GAGCAGAGCUAGCUAGCGUCCAUCCACUAGCUUUUACUUUAAGGAAGCGAAAAACCAGAGUAAACUAAACCCAGUUGCCAAUUUGCCCUUCACCAAACACGCACAGCGACAGAUCGAGAGGCCAGAGGGAGCUGCUGAAAAUUCAAUGCGCCAAUCAUUGCGGCGCAGCGGCACCAGCAACCAGGGGCUCAUCAUCCGUUCUUCUCCUGGCAGUAAAUGAGCAGUACAAGUUCUUCAUUUCUCUCUGGAACUUCAGUUCAAUCGGUGAAGAAAAGAUGAUAUUGGCGAGAUAAUUUAACACCGGAAGAGGGCUUCACAAAUCACUGGGCGAGCUAGAGAGAGGGGGGGCGAGGGGAACAAACCACCACUGGAAAAAGGCCGCAGAAGAGAAGGGGGAAACAGGAGAGAGAAAGGCGAGGAACUUUUCGUUGGAUCCUUCGCUUUUGGGGACGAAGGAGGAGAAGGUCUCUGUCCCUCUCCACCCCCACCUCCACCUCCGCCUCCCUUCUUGGCUGGAGAGGAGCAGGAGGAGGAGAUGUUCCCCCCUGGCCUGAUCCACCACCGCACGGACGGCCCCGGGCCCGGCGAGGUGCCGCGCUCCGGCGGCGCCCCCAGCCUCGUGCUCACGGCGGACCCCAAGCCCCGCCUCCGCUGGACGGCCGACCUCCACGAGCGCUUCGUCGACGCCGUCGCCCAGCUCGGCGGGCCCGAGAAAGCAACACCAAAAACUAUCUUAAGGACAAUGGGUGUAAAGGGACUAACGCUUUUCCACUUGAAGAGUCAUCUUCAGAAAUACAGAAUGGGAAAACAAACUGGGAAGGAGACGCCGGAGCAAUCUAAAGAUGGGUCCUACCUUCUUGAUGCUCAAGGUGGAAUGAGCCUGUCUCCCAGAGUUUCUACUCAAGAUGCGAAAGAAAGCCAAGAAGUUAAAGAAGCCCUGAGAGCACAGAUGGAGAUGCAACGAAGCCUGCAUGAACAAGUGGAGGUUCAGAAGCAUGUGGACAUCAGGAUGGACGCGUACACGACGUACAUCAACACCCUGCUGGAGAAGGCCUGCAAGAUCGUCUCAGAGCAGUUCGCCUCGAGCGGCUUCAGCGUCUCCGACCAGAGCCUCCCGGAGCUGUCCUCCGGCGGUAUCAUGUGCGGCACCGCCACCGACGCGCUGAGCUCCUCCGUGUUCCACCAGCUCUCCGUCAGCUCGAUCAACAUGCACAGCCCAGGGGGCAAGCCUUCUCCCUCGGGCAUGGAAGGCCAGCUGCUUCUCCAGAGGUCACCCGAGUUCAAACGCAAGUCAUCCUGCUGAGUCCAAAAAUCUGGGUGGAAAAGUUAGCUUAAUCGUCUGCUGUAGACAUGUCGAAUCUCGGCCAAUCUGUAAACUGACGCCAAUCUGUAAACUGACUCUUGUUUCUCUUGCCACUGCAUGCCAAGAAGCAAGGUUUUUUAUCGAUUAAUCGUCGACCUAUGUUUAUAUAUAUAAUGCCUAAUGUGCUGCUA